AUCAUAUCGUUAGCCGCCAACCACAACAUAAAAUUUAACACAAAUGAAAAUAAAUUUUAAUCGACAAAUAAUUUUGAGACGUUUAUUCGUAAAAUUACUGUUAAAUUUUCGUGUUUAUAUUGGUCAAAGUAAAUAUGACUGUUCACGUGACAUUGAUGUAGUUUAUUAUUAAUUUUGAUAAGUAUUGUAAUGAAUUACCUGUUGUGUUGAUGUUUCUCUGAAAAUAGUAGGUUUAAAAAUGGACUCUCCAAGUACAAGACCUGCUUCAAUGAUACCUCCUCCUGCGUAUCCACCUCCUUCUCAAAUGGGUUUUACGCCGGGAACGAUUCCUCCAGGAGCUAUACCUCCAGGCUUUUUAGCAGGAGCGCCAAUGGGCAUUGGUCCUCCAGGAAUUCCACCACCAUUUAUACCUCCUUAUAAUAUGAGUAUGCCAGGUGAAAUUGUUGGAGCUCCUGUUUCAUUUACAAAUUCUAUACCACAAACUCAAAAUGAUGAAACUAAACCUGCAAGUGAUUGGACAGAACACAAGGCCCCAGAUGGCCGAUCCUACUAUUAUAAUUCAGUUACCAAACAAAGUUCAUGGGAGAAACCUGAUGAGCUCAAAUCUAAAACUGAAAUCCUUUUAGAUCAGUGUCCAUGGAAAGAGUACAAGUCAGAUACAGGUGCUACAUACUAUCAUAACCUCAACACUAAAGAGUCUAGUUGGACAAUUCCUCCAGAACUUGAUGACUUGAAAAAAGAAAUUGCUGCUGAACAAGGUCUUAGUCAAACUCCAUUAAUACAGCAGUCUAUUGAAAUACCAUUAGAUCGAGGAUCAGAUAGCUUGGAUCUUGGAUCAGCAAUGGACCAAGCUAUGGCAGCUACAUUAGCAUCUAUAGCUGUUCCAGAUGAAAGUAAACCAGUAAAUAAUGUUUCAAGUAAAGGAAAUAAAUCAAAAAACCAAGUUUCUGAGGUGCCAAUUUUAAAAAAUAAACAAGAACUUAUUGAAGCAUUUAAAGAUCUUCUAAAAAAAAAGAAUAUUCCAAGUAACGCAUCUUGGGAUCAGACUGUAAAAAUAAUAAGUCGCGAUCCACUCUAUCCCCAAGUAAAAAAACUUAAUGAAAAAAGACAAUUAUUUAAUGCAUAUAAGACUCAAAAACAAAAAGAUGAAAAAGAUGAGCAUCGGCUUAAAGCAAAAAAAGCUAAAGAAGAUUUAGAAAAAUUCUUUAUGAAAAAUGAAGAUGUUACAUCUAAAACUAAAUAUUAUAGGUUAGAAGAAAAGUAUGAGCAUUUAGAUAUAUGGAGAAAUGUAUCUGAAAUAGAUCGCCGAGAUGUCUAUGAUGAUGUAAUGUUUAACUUAGCUAAAAGAGAAAAAGAAGAAGCUAAAGCACAAAAAAAACGUAAUAUGAAACAACUAGCUGCAUUAUUAGAUUCAAUGACAAUUGUAGACCAUACUACGACUUGGCAUCAAGUCCAAGAAAUGCUUCUUAAUAAUCAAAAUUUUGUCAAUGAUCCACAUUUACUAGCUAUGGAAAAAGAAGAUGCUUUGACAGUAUUUCAGGAUCACAUUCGUGAACUAGAAAAAGAAGAAGAACAUGAUAAAGAAAGGGAAAGAAGGCGCAGGAAACAACAGGAGCGUAAGAACCGUGAUAAUUUUGGAAUGUUUUUGGAAGAACUUCACCAACAAGGAAAAUUAACAUCAAUGUCUUUAUGGAAAGAACUUUAUCCUAUUAUUAGUACUGAUAUUAGAUUUUCUGCUCUUCUUGGACAACCAGGUUCAACAGCUUUAGAUUUAUUUAAGUUUUAUGUCGAAGAUUUAAAAUCAAGAUUUCAUGAAGAAAAGAAAAUUAUCAAAGAUAUUUUGAAAGAAAAUUCAUUUGUUGUAGAUAUAAAUACUACAUUUGAAGAAUUUGCACGUGUUGUAUGUUUAGAUAAACAAUCGGAAACAUUAGAUGCGGGUAAUGUGAAAUUGGCAUAUCAUGGUUUAAUUGAAAAAGCAGAGGGAAGAGAGAAAGAGAGGUUACGGGAAGAAACAAGAAGACAACGGAAAUUAGAAACAACCUUCCGCGCAUUACUUAAAGAAAUGGAUGUUGAUUAUAAAUCAAAUUGGGAUGAUCUUCGUCCAAAAAUUGAAAAUCAUCAAGCAUUCCAAUCCAUUUCAUUGGAGUCUGAAAGACUUCGUAUUUUCAAAGAAUUCCAAAUUGAUACUGAAGAAGUUUGUAACCAUCACCAUUCUAAAAUGAAAAAAUCUAAGAAAAAUAAAAAACAUAAAAAGAAAUCCCGAUCUAGAUCAUUGGAUUCUAGUGAUUCGGAUUAUAAACAAAAGAAAAAGGGAAAAGAAGAGUCACCUGAAAUAAGUGAUGCAGAAAGCCGAAAACGUAAAUAUAAAAAAUCAAAAAAAAAGAAACACUCCGAAAGCCCUCGAGCUAGAUCUCGUUCUAGGUCUUCGAGUUUAAAAAAAUCUGAUGUAGAAGAAAAAAAAACUAUUAAAAAAAAUCAUAAAUCAUCUGAAUACAGUGAUGAUGAUUUAGAGGCAAAGAGAAAAGCAUUGCUGGCUCAAUUACAUGACGAAAUGAACUAAAUUAUUUUUUUAUGUACAUAUUCUCUUAGGUAAUAUGUUUUACACACCAUUUGAUUUAUUUCGUGAAUAAAUUUUAUUAAUAAGUAA